CUUAGUGUCUAGUGUCACUUACCUUACAUGGCAACGGGGAAGAAGUCUGACUUCCCUUUCCACAGGAGCUCUCGUGUAGGGAAACGCUACAGAUUCCCAUGGGAACCUGGUUGUUGUAUUUGCCGUGUACCUGGAGCAUUGGUUUGGCAGCUGAGCCUGGGUGUUUUCCAGAUUGGUACAUGUUAUCCCUCUUUGGCACUGGAGCUAUUCUGAUGCGUGGAGCAGGCUGUACCAUUAAUGACAUGUGGGACCGUGAAUAUGAUAAAAAGGUUACAAGAACAGCCAAUCGCCCAGUAGCCGCUGGACACAUUUCAGCUUUUCAGUCCUUGGUUUUUCUCGGGGGACAGCUGACCUUGGCACUGGGUGUUCUUCUGUGUCUGAAUUACUACAGUAUAGCUCUGGGAGCAGCAUCAUUACUUCUCGUCAUCACCUACCCCCUGAUGAAGAGAAUCACAUACUGGCCUCAGCUGGCCUUGGGCCUGACUUUCAAUUGGGGUGCACUGCUUGGCUGGUCAGCCGUGAAGGGCUCCUGUGACCCCUCUGUGUGCCUGCCGCUCUACUUGGCUGGAGUUAUGUGGACCCUGAUCUAUGAUACUAUUUAUGCCCAUCAGGACAAAAGAGACGAUGCUCUGAUUGGGCUCAAGUCCACGGCACUGCUGUUCAAGGAGAACACCAGGCAGUGGCUUGGGGGCUUCAGCGUGGCCAUGCUGGGGGCACUGAGCCUGGCAGGAGUGAGCUGUGCCCAGACCCCUCCCUACUAUGCUGCUCUCCUUGUCAUCGGAGCCCACUUGGCUCACCAGAUCCAUACUCUGGACAUCCACAACCCUGCAGACUGUUGGGAUAAAUUCACCUCCAACCGAACAAUAGGGAUAAUCCUCUUUUUAGGAAUCGUCCUUGGAAACCUGUGGAAAGAAAAGAAGACAGAUGAAACAAAGGAAAGCAAAGGUGACUCCUGUGGACGGUGAGGUGUAGCGGUCACAGCUGUUGGAUGUCGGUGGUGGCAGUGGAAACUGGCUUCAUCGUGACAGCGCCCACGGUGGCAGUGCAUCCCUGCGCAGGCCGAGGAUGCCAAGCUGGCAGACGGCAGGGGCUUUGCUCAUUGUGGCUCAGCAAACACUGAACUUCGCACACGAGUGUGUAGGCUCGGGGCAGGAGUUGCAGCUUCACAGCCAGAGAACAUUGUCAUGCUUUGGGGAAACGGGAUUGCCCUCGGAGAUUUACUUUUAAGACAAAAUUUCAUAACAAAAUAGUAAAAAAACAAUACAUGGUGUAUCGUAAUCUUCAGAAUAGUUACUCAAAGAGUACAAGAACAUUGACAAAAAGUAUUCUUAUAAAGAAGAAAUGGAAUAUGGAAGGGCGUUAGUUUUAAAUUUCAUGUUUUUAGCUAACCUAUGAAUGUAGACUUUAAUUCAUGUUGUAAGCUAAUGUAUACCUUUUAAUAUUUGGAUUAAAGAAAUAGACUUCAAGGUAACUUUUCUGUAGUCCACACAAAAAGGCAAGAAGUGUUUAUAUUCCUAGUAAAGAGUAGGGUAGAGUAUUAGAGGAAGGCUUUUCUCAUUGCUCAGA